AUGGCUCCUUCGGCGGUUGACAUCGAAGUCCCGGUGGUUUCCAAGGGCGCGUCCCGCGAGCCCCUCAAGCUAUCUGGCGUGCUCGAUUCCUAUGAAUCAUUCGACGUCACUCCCAUCAUCGGCCGAGAAUUCCCCACGGCCAACCUCGCCGAGUGGCUCGAUGCCCCCAACUCGGACGAGCUGAUCAGAGAUCUCGCCAUCACUAUUGCCCAGCGCGGCGUCGUCUUCUUCCGUGCCCAGGACGGCCUCACCAAUGAUCUGCAGAAGAAGCUCAUCCUACGCCUCGGCGAGUUGACCGGUCGGCCCGCGACCUCCGGACUCCACAUCCACCCCCUCCUCAACUCAGAGCGCGAGAACGGCGGGAACGACAACGAGAUCAGCACCAUCAGCUCCGUCCAGAACAAGAAGUUCUAUCGCAAGACGGUGGCCGACACCCUCAGCCCCAAGAGGCAGAACACCGCCCAGUGGCACAGCGAUAUUGCCUUUGAGCCGGUCCCGGCCGAUUUCUCCUCGCUACGCCUCGUCGACCUCCCAACCACCGGAGGAGACACCCUUUGGGCCUCGGGCUACGAGAUCUACGACCGUAUUAGCGAGCCGUAUCAGAAGUUCCUCGAGAGCCUAACGGUCACCUUUGAGCAGCCGGGCUUCCAGAAGGUCGCCGAGAACUCCGGCUUCAAGUUGUACGAGCAGCCUCGUGGCGCCCCCGAAAACAUCGGCAGCGAGCUUAAGGCCGUCCACCCCGUGAUCCGCACCAACCCUGUCACCGGUUGGAAGAGUGUCUUCCCGGUCGGUGGCCAUGUCAGUCACAUCAACGGCGUGACCGAGGACGAGAGCAAGCAUCUCCUCGACUGGUUCCUUGACCUCGUCCACAAGAACCAUGAGCUGCAGGUCCGUUUCAAGUGGAAGAACUCCAACGACAUUGCCAUCUGGGACAACCGUUCCGUCUUCCACACCGCCACCUUUGACUACCUCGAUGGAAACUACGGCGAGCGGUUUGGGAACCGUGCUGUUGGCCUGGGCGAGAGGCCUUACUUCGACCCUAACAGCAAGUCACGAAGGGAGGCCCUGGGGGCUGCUUCGGCUUGA